GUGCUUCUCGUAUGUUAAAAAUGAUUACAGGGUUCUCACCUCAGAAUAGCUAUAUAAGAUGUGUAGAAGACGACCCCCUUGAAUACUCCUCAUGCUUCUCUAUUCUAUCCUUUAUUCAUCAUUAAUGUGUAACAAUAUCUUGACCUCUGCACAAUGAAUCCAUCCAAGUCUAUUUCUGAUCAGGAGUCUUUUAAUGGAAGUCUGUUUAACUCCGGCGGCAACCGUCGCCUCUUUCAUGUAUACCAUACUCUGUGGCACAAUGAUUACACUGUGACCUCGGACGACAAGGCACCCCUUUUCUUUGUGGAUACGUCGUGUUUCACCCCAAAGAAGCCAGACCUUACUUUCCAUGCUGGCACUGAUAAGAAGGCCCCUAUUGUGGGCGUCUCCAAAUUCCUACAUUUUUCAAGACACAUGAAAGUAGGGCUCGGUGACCCGCAGAGUUUCAGCCACGUUGAGUGGGAGGACCUUGUGUCUCAAAACAUCAGGAGCAACAAAUACCGCUGGCAAAUGACCGUCCGGGGUGCCUCUGGAGCAGAACGACGGUCUUUUAUGUGGAAGAGAACCCACUCUGUUGCAGUCGAGGGCUCCUCCGCUUCCAAAUGGAGUAGCCGCAACUUCAAGCUGGUCGAUGAGCAGACCGAUCAGAUUGUUGCAAUAUUUACGAGCAGUGCAUUCAAAAGCGUCAAGAAAAGCGGCAAACUCCAAAUCGACUCGACAAACUAUGGCGAGGAGUUUGAUCUGAUGGUCCUUAUCACUGGGCUUUCUUUGUAUGAGAAACAAAGACGACGCGACAAUAAUAGUGGAGGAGGUGGCGGGGGUGGUGGUGGAGGUUAAAGGAUCUAUCUCUCUGCCUCCUCUUUUUCUUCAUGCUCUUCUUAGCUUUCCCGAAUAUUCUGAGAUACCAAGUCUGCUGUUUGAGUUACCGUGUUAUAUAUGUCUACGAUAGGAUGUUAUCCGCUGCUUCUUGUGUCAAUUAUGAUUUCUUGGCAUUUAUUAUGAUGACAUAAUCCGCUUAAUAUCAUUCAGCCUCCAAUGAAAUAAAAUAAGCUUAACUUCAUAGGUAUGCAGUUGCCUAGAAAUGCCUUUCUCUUCCCUCAUGGAUGACACUAUAGCUCCAGGAAUCUCCAUUCUAUUCUAGCAAUUCUUGACUACCCAGAAUAUUUCAGCAUAGCUGGUCGUUGUGCGGCUGCAUCUGAUGGCACUACGAAGACCCCAUCGGAAGUCUCGCCAUGGCUGUCUAGAAUGCAAGCGAAGACGAGUCAAGGUAUGCACUCACUUGGCAUGGCUCCAUGUAUUUUCUCGACUGAACUGGUCUUUUAGUGCGAUGAAACCCGACCAGUG